AGGGCGCUCUCGGUCUAGCUUCCUGUCAAGCAUAUGUGUGGCUACUUUAGGAAGGGGAUUUAGGAAGAGAUUCCCAGCACCGGCUUCUGAAUAAGUGGAUAUUUUACCAUUUUCUGUAUGUGUAUGUGGUACCUGACAGUGUGAGAGUUCAAGUCUGUGUGUGAAAACUGUAGCUACCUGUUGACAAUGGCAGGCGCAGUAGAUGAUGAUGUGAAGCUGCACAUGCUGGCAGCUGAGGAAACAGCUGUGGGACGACCUGCUAUACUCGAUGACCUUGAUGAUGUAAGGGUAGAAGUAAGGAAUGGAUCAGAGGAUCAAGAGAAAUCCUCCGAGGUCAGUCCUAACGGCACUGGGGUGGACAGGGAUGACAGUGCAGACGAGGAGGACGCUGAUACACAAGAUAAAAGUGUACAGAAAGUUUUCCAAGACCUAGAUGUACAGGCGUCCACUGCUCCAAGAUCCGUUGACGUGAAGGGUCGAAAGCUGUUUUUUAAAGAUGGCCACCGUCGUAUUGACUACAUCCUGGCAUACACUGUGGAAGAGGAUGGCAAGCCAGAAGAUGUGGAGGAGGCUCGUCUGGCCCGGGAAGUGUUCGAGAGAAAUCUUGUGGGCGAAGGGCUGCAGCUUGAGUAUGAUCAGAGGGAAGGUGAGGCUAAGUAUGUGAAGGUUCACAUACCCUGGGAGGUGCUGACCAGAUAUGCAGAGAUCCUCAAGGUCAAAGUGCCGGUCAAGAAGUCAUUCGUGUUGACCAACAUACAGAAGAAGUAUGCAAAGCUUGAGGCAGUUAUACAUAAGGGUGAAGAUUCCACUUUUGACCAGUUGUUGAAUCCCAUGAAAGCUAUGAGUGCAAGACUCUGGGCCACCUUGACUGGGAUGGUUAAGAAAAUGUUUGCUCCCUUUGAGUUGGACAAAGAGGUGAUGCCGACCAUACCAAGGAGAUUUACCCUACCCUACUCUAGGACCAAGGAAUACCUAUAUGAUAUCCCUGAAGACCGUGAAUCUUUCUUCUCAUUAGUGGCAAGAAGUCGCAUUGUAAAUUUCAUUCUCAGAAGGAAGGCAUUUUCAGAUGACAAAAAUCAUGAGUACGCCUUUGGUAUCAACAAAAUGAUUGCAGACGAAUACUACACUGCUGCUUACCCCCUACACGAGGGCCAUUGGAAGGAAGGAUCUGCUGAGAACGAGAGAAAGCGACUGUAUGACCACUGGGCUAACCUACGCUGCUUCUUUAAGUUCCAGCCACUGGAUCAUGUCAGGAGUUACUUUGGUGAAAAGAUUGGUAUCUACUUUACGUGGCUGGGUUUCUACACCCAGAUGUUGAUCCCUGCCUCCAUUGUAGGACUUGUUGUGUUUAUCUACGGCUGUGCUAUCUCUGGCUCCAGCUACCCAGCGGUUGAGAUUUGUAACCCAAAGAAUAACUUCACCAUGUGUCCAUUGUGCGACUAUCAGUGCCCCUACUGGAGUCUCCAUGACACUUGCUCCAAUGCCAAAGCCAGUCGCAUCUUUGAUAACGGGGGAACAGUUUUCUUUGCUAUAUUCAUGGCAUUUUGGGGCACAUUGUUUCUGGAGUUCUGGAAAAGAAAAGAAGCCACAAUGCAAUAUAGAUGGGAUCUUACAGACUUUCACCAUGAAGAACAACCACCUCGACCAGAAUAUCUUGCCAAGCUGUCAAACUGUGAUACAUACAAGAUCCAUCCAGUAACAGGGAUGAAGGAACCGUACAUGCCAUUUUGGACCAAACGAUUCCCUGUCUUUCUGGCUUCCUACUCUGUUAUGCUGUUCAUGGGGCUGCUGGCUAUCAGUGCAGUGAUAGGCGUGAUAGCAUACCGUGUGGCCUUGUUAGCCGCGCUCCAGGCCUUCACCAGAGAUGAAAGUAAGACUGCGGACAACUCUACACUGGCCACCACUAAAGCUCUGAUUUACCAGAACGCUAGUGUGCUCACCACUGUCACAGCUGCUUGUCUCAACCUGCUGUUCAUCAUCAUAUUGAACAUGAUCUACACCCGAGUAGCGUUCUGGCUGACGGACCAGGAGACUAUCCGUACACAGAAGGACUAUGAUGACAGUAUCACCAUCAAGCUGUUUGCCCUCCAGUUUGUCAACUACUACUCCUCCAUUGUUUACAUUGCCUUCUUCAAGGGGAGAAUCCUAGGCAGGCCUGGAGCUUACAACCAUCUGUUUGGCGGUCGUCAGGAGGAGUGUGGGUCUGGAGGCUGCCUCAUAGAGCUGUGUAUACAACUGGCCAUCAUUAUGACCGGUAAACAACUCAUCAUGAACAACUGUACGGAGGUUCUUCUACCGAAAGUAAUAAAAUGGAUAAAGAGGAUGAUUUGGAAAGAAAGCAAAGAGAAGAAAAUGUUGAAGACCCCUUGGGAGAAGGACUACAAACUGGAUGCCACAUCCACUGCGGCGCUGUUUCACGAGUACCUGGAAAUGGUACUACAGUUUGGGUUUUUGACGUUGUUUGUCGCGGCCUUCCCUCUUGGGCCUCUCUUUGCUCUCCUCAACAACAUGCUGGAGAUCCGUUUUGAUGCUGCAAAAUUCAUCACCCAACUCCGUCGUCCCCUGGCAGAGAGGUCUCCGAACAUUGGUGUAUGGUACAAUAUUCUCUACGGAAUUUCUAGGAUUGCGAUCAUUUCAAAUGCCUUUAUCAUUGCAUUGACAUCCGACUUCAUUCCCCGUCUGGUGUACGAGCAAGCUUACAGUCCAGAUGGCUCCCUGAGGGGCUACACGAACGCCACUCUGUCCUUCUUCAACACCACCGACUUCAGCCCAGAAAACCGACCCAGCUAUGCUGGUAGUGAGCUAGUAGAGUUCUGCAGGUACCGGGACCUGAGGAGCCCUCCUUGGAGUGAUGACAAGUACAACUUUACCGAGAUGUACUGGCACAUUUUUGCUGCCAGGUUUGUGUUUGUGGUUAUAUUUGAGAAUCUGAUAGUUGUGAUCACAGGUCUGAUGAUUCCAGUAAUGUGUGUUUAUUAUGUUACAGAAUCUGAUAGUUGUGAUCACAGGUCUGAUGAUUCCAGUAAUGUGUGUUUAUUAUGUUACAGAAUCUGAUAGUUGUGAUCACAGGUCUGAUGAUUCCAGUAAUGUGUGUUUAUUAUGUUACAGAAUCUGAUAGUUGUGAUCACAGGUCUGAUGAUUCCAGUAAUGUGUGUUUAUUAUGUUACAGAAUCUGAUAGUUGUGAUCACAGGUCUGAUGAUUCCAGUAAUGUGUGUUUAUUAUGUUACAGAAUCUGAUAGUUGUGAUCACAGGUCUGAUGAUUCCAGUAAUGUGUGUUUAUUAUGUUACAGAAUCUGAUAGUUGUGAUCACAGGUCUGAUGAUUCCAGUAAUGUGUGUUUAUUAUGUUACAGAAUCUGAUAGUUGUGAUCACAGGUCUGAUGAUUCCAGUAAUGUGUGUUUAUUAUGUUACAGAAUCUGAUAGUUGUGAUCACAGGUCUGAUGAUUCCAGUAAUGUGUGUUUAUUAUGUUACAGAAUCUGAUAGUUGUGAUCACAGGUCUGAUGAUUCCAGUAAUGUGUGUUUAUUAUGUUACAGAAUCUGAUAGUUGUGAUCACAGGUCUGAUGAUUCCAGUAAUGUGUGUUUAUUAUGUUACAGAAUCUGAUAGUUGUGAUCACAGGUCUGAUGAUUCCAGUAAUGUGUGUUUAUUAUGUUACAGAAUCUGAUAGUUGUGAUCACAGGUCUGAUAGCCUAUGUCAUUCCUGAUGUGCCUCACUCACUCAAGGUGCAAAUUCGUCGAGAGAACUACAUUGCCAAUGAAAUAGUCAUCAAGACUGAAUUGCUUCGUGCACAUGGAGAGGAUGUGGAUGAUAUAAUGGGCACUAUCAUGGAUGAUGAAGUUCGACGUUACCAUACCACUGACCUUGGAAGUAUGACCUUAGUGAAUCGAAAGCCAAAUGAAGGCCCAUCCACGGAGGUGUAGCCAAAGUUGACCAUGUGACACCUCAUUGACAUUAAUUUGAUAAUAUUACGUUUGAGGCAGUUUUAAAAUACUCAAAUACCUGGUUCAAUUUGUAGAGUGAGAAACUUUGUCAUAGGGAAUGGUAUUGAAACAUCUACAAAUUAAGCCAAAAAAGUCGAGAAUAAAUGGGUAAUUAUAGCGAUGUGAAGGAUUUACAUCAGCAAUAAGUUGCUGGAGGGGUACAGAAACAUUGCCAAAGUAUUGAGCUGUUACAUGUGUGUCCCUGGAAAGUCUCUACUUCCAGUACCAUGGGACGUUUGAUGAUUAUCCUGCCUAGGGUUGUGUAUGAUUAAUCCCUCCAUACUCCAUUUGCCUUCUGUGUAGCACUUUCAUUGUCACACAAUGUCUUUCUUAUAUUGUAUCUGAAUCUAUUUUUUAACAGAAGUAUUCAUAUUGUGUAUAUACAUUUGUAUAUCCAUCUUAAAUAAUUGAUUUACAGAUAAUUAUAUUCUAUAUCAGAUUACUCUGCGACACAUGUAUGUCUUAUGGUAGUAGUUUUCAACACUCGAUCAUGUACAAAUUAUGUUUAAUAAUGUAUACGAGGAAAUAUUGAACUAUCGUGAGGCAUGUGUAAACUUGUUUGUUGAGUUCUCGGUUAAACCAGUAAGAGUGAACUCAGGAUUGUCAAAGGUUAUUUAGAAAUGUGUGGUUGGUAUGGUAAUAUUUAUUGUACUGAGGACUUCAUACAUCUGUGAUAUGAAGGUCGAUGCGGUACUGUGUAAACCUGCCUUCCAUUCCCCUCCUACAUUAUAAUAGUAAAUCUAAACGAUUAAAUAAGGUCAACGUUACAUCCCCACAUCUCAUCUAUCAAUGGUUGUAAGGUUACAUCUAUCAAUGGUUGUAAGGUUACAUCUAUCAAUGGUUGUAAGGUAUCAAUGGUUGUAAGGUUACAUCUAUCAAUGGUUCGAAGGUUACAUCUAUCAAUGGUUAGAUGGUUACAUCUAUCAAUGGUUGUAGGGUUACAUCUAUCAAUGGUUGUCAGGUUACAUCUAUCAAUGGUUGGAAGUUUACAUCUAUCAAUGGUUGUAAAGUUACCUCUAUCAAUGGUUGUAAGGUUCCAUCUAUCAAUGGUUGUAAGGGUACAUCUAUCAAUGGUUGUAAGGUUACAUCUAUCAAUGGUUGUAAAGUUACAUCUAUCAAUGGUUGUAAGGUUACAUCUGUCAGUGGUUGGAAGGUUACAUCUAUCAAUGGUUGGAAGGUUACAUCUAUCAAUGAUUGUAAGGUUACAUCUAUCAAUGGUUGUAAGGUUACAUUUAUCAAUGGUUAGAAGGUUACAUCUAUCAAUGGUUGGAAGGUAACAUCUAUCAAUGGUUAGAAGGUUACAUCUAUCAAUGAUUAGAAGGUUACAUCUAUCAAUGGUUGGAAGGUUACAUCUGUCAAUGGUUGGAAGGUUACAUCUAUCAAUGGUUGUAAGGUUACAUCUAUCAAUGGUUCGAAGGUUACAUCUUUCAAUGGUUGUAAGGUUACAUCUAUCAAUGGUUGCAAGGUUACAUCUAGCAAUGGUUGGAAGGUUACAUCUAGCAAUGGUUGGAAGGUUACAUCUAGCAAUGGUUGGAAGGUUACAUCUAUCAAUGGUUGUAGGGUUACAUCUAUCAAUGGUUGUAGGGUUACAUCUAUCAAUGGUUGGAAUGUUACAUCUAUCAAUGGUUGGAAGUUUACAUCUAUCAAUGGUUGGAAGGUUCCAUCUGUCAAUGGUUGGAAGGUUACAUCUGUCAAUGGUUGGAAGGGUACAUCUAUCAAUGGUUGGAAGGUUCCAUCUGUCAAUGGUUGGAAGGUUACAUCUAUCAAUGGUUGUAAGGUUACAUCUAUCAAUGGUUGGAAGGUUACAUCUGUCAAUGGUUGGAAGGUUACAUUGAUAACAAUUUGUAAAUGAUCUGCUGAUUAUAGGUUUUGCUCAAGUAUACAUAUUUUCAUCUUCAGAGUGUUCUUUUCCUUUUCCUUGAAUUAUGCAUAAUACUGAAUUAUAAUCCCACACGUCAUAUCACGUUAGUCCUUACCUUACAAGGACAACAAACACAACAAUAAUAACAAUAUUCAAUAAAUGCAUGCGAGUAUCCUUUUGUAUAAUCGCCUGUAGCGUUAAACAUAAUUUUAUACUGUAUAGAACUUGUUUCAUAGAGGUCAACCUUUUGUAUGUUUCCGUUUUAGGCCCAGAUGAUCAGAGCUAAACAAGCCGUUGUUGAAAACUUUCAAAGUUCAUUUAUUUUUGGAAAUAGCUGAAAAUAUUUGUGUAUUUCUAGUCUUCAUUCAGAUGACCAUUUUGCUUGAAUUUCAUUUUUUUUUUUAAUAUUCUGUAUUGAAAUGUAAACCUGUUGUUUGGCUAAACAGGCUGUUACCUGCUGCACCGAGAUGAGAAUAGUCCCAGGAACGCUUUAUAACUAUUGGUAUUAAAGCUAUAUACAUGUGUAGUAUAUGUACCAUAUAUGUGUAGGGUGGUACCUUAUCUUUAUAGUGUAAUGAAUCGGUGAUCUACUCAACUAUUACCAAGGGUACAUGAACGUAUAUAUAUGCCACAUCAUCAGAACUUGUCCUACAUAUAUGAUGCAGUCGAUUACUUCCAUGCACUGUUCAUAUCUAGUGUAGGUUUGUGUAAGUUAAUUGAUGGUUGAAUUGUAGGACGGCAAUUAGACUGAUAUAGCUUAUCUAAGAGGACUCUACAACACAAAUGUUACAAGAAUACCAAUAAUUAAUCUCAAUUAUUAAUGUCAGAGGUUGUUUCCUAGACCAAUCUGAUAUUUCUAGAUCUCUUCACCUCUCCACAAAUAUCUACAUGUCCGUUUCCCAGACUGGUAUCUAUUGUUUGUUCAAGUUGUUGGAUACUCUGAUAGCAGUAUAUAGUGUUGGUUGUAUACUCUAAUAGCAGUAUAUAGUGUUGGUUAGAUACUCUGAUAGCAGUAUAUAGUGUUGGUUGGAUACUCUAAUAGCAGUAUAUAGUGUUGGUUAGAUACUCUGAUAGCAGUAUAUAGUGUUGGUUGGAUACUCUGAUAGCAGUAUAUAUUGUUGGUUGUUUAUUAUCGAGUUUAAUUUUCUCAUCAUGGAAUCUCAUUUGUUACCUUUGACAUAUGAUGUAGUGUAUUCAUGUUGAAAUCACAAAUGUCCUUAAGGUUGAUUAGGUAUUGGUAAUGAUAUAUGGUAUAACAAUCACUUUGUGUAAAUUAUUUUUUAAUGAUUAAAUAUAUUUUACAUCCUUCAGUAUUGUAGAAGGAUUUUUCUAGUAUCUGACCGAACACAUGUCCUGUAUCAUCAACUUAUAUUACUGAGUCAUACAUAAUGAAACCAGGGUCUUAAAUUUUUAGGUAGCUUUGAUCUUAUCCUAAGUGGUGUUGAUGAGAAAAGGAAGUGUGGGUUUUACAAUACAGCAAGUAGAUAGGUGCUAUUCACAAUACUAACAGGAAAUCCUGUUUUAAAAAACAAACUAUUUUUCCCUUUGCUCACUGUUAUGUAACUGUGUAUUUGAUGUUACAAUAGUUGUAUGGUUCUGAUGUCGGUCUGGUAGUUUACUUACAUGUUGGUUUCCCCGUUACAUUUUGUCCUACCCUACUAGAUCCUAGUGAUUCUGUACCUGACUGAUGUAGUGAUGAGAAGAUGAAUGGAUGUUUGUUAAUGUUAUCAUCAUUUUUUCAUAUGAUAUUCAUAAAUUGUUAAAUAUCUAACGAAGUCUUUCAUGAUAUCAAGAUGUCAGUAACAGAUUCUGUUUUCUCGAGUUCAUUUUGGAUCAAAGAUGCUUGCAAUAUAAAGCAACCUAUUUUGCUGUUGUAAUGAAAGGUUUUAUACUGUAGGCAGUAAUGUGUUCUGAUUUACUAUGAUAGUUGUCAUAUCAAAUGCCAUCAAUAUUGUGAAGUUUCAAUAAAUGUUGGCAACAUAAAAGGUUGAUUCACAAUUGUAUUGACCUAGUUUACUUUAAAUCAAUAUGUAAUGGUAAAUUUACGUAUAUUAACAUGUUAGUAUAAACAGCCUGUACUGUACAAUUUGCCGUACAUCAUUGCUCGUAUUCGUAUACGACACACCUUGUACAUCAUAUGUACAGUGCAGUUAAAAAGAUGAUACAUAUUACCUCACUCACAGUGAUUCAAUUCACCGUCAUAUUUGACCAUGAUAUACCCCGGUAUGCUUGCCAACUGAUUAUUUUUUUUACAUUAUUUCUGUUUCCCUCUUCAUUUUUGAUAUGUGUAUAUUUAUAUACAAAUUUAGAUUAUAUUUUAAGACAAAACACCAAUUCGGUAGCCAUCACUAAUGUGUGUAAGUGUUACUACUUUUAGUAUAAAAUUGCCAUCUUUUGAAAGAUACAAUUCAUAAUUGUUUACCAGAUGAAUGUAAUCAAUUUAACCAUCUAAGACAUUUCAUGUUGACAAAAUAUCACGGCCAGGAAGGAAGUUGUCUAGUGGUAUUGUAAUGUAUGACAUCUACUGGAGAGGAUCGAGAGCUGUGUAGUUGUCAUUCUGUAAGGGAACCCCAAACUUAAAUGAUGUCAUUCUGUAAGGGAACCCCAAACUUAAAUGAUGUCAUUUUGUAAGGGAACCCCAAACUUAAAUGAUGUCAUUCUGUAAGGGAACCCCAAA